UGGCGUGCGUUUGCUCGUUUUAGCUUUGACGUUCGACGUGCGUAAGCUUGCUGGCGUUUGUUGUGCUCGUUUUUGCUUAGAGUAGAUUGCUUUUCUUGGUUCCAGCCUCCGUGUUGUUUUGUUUUCAAGCCCGCAAAAGCCUACCGAGCGACAUCCGGUGAUCGGAAGCUGUGCAGAAAGUGAGGAGUGUGCUCUGCCGCAGCCGAAUACGAAAUUGCUCCCGCUCCCAGCCCGGGAAGGAAAAGCGUGCAGCCGUCAAAUAUUUCACCGUAAAACCCGCGCAAUACGAGCCCCGCAGCGCAGGAUGGCAGAAAAUAAAGGAAUCUUGCUGGCCAAAUCCGUCCAGAAACACGCUGGGCGCGCCAAGGAAAAGCUCCUACAAAAUCUCGGUAAAGUCGACCGAACGGCAGAUGAAAUUUUCGACGAACAUUUAACAAACUUCAACCGACAGCACACCUGUGCGACUAGACUGCAGAAGGAAUUCAGCAACUACAUCCGAUGUGUUCGUGCCGCGCAAAAUGCCUCAAAAAGCCUCAUGGAUGCCAUAACCGAAGUAUACGAAAGCCAGUGGACCGGCUCGGAAGUAUUGUACGGCCAGACCAAAGCCAUCGACACACAAUACCAGCAGUUUUCGUACAAGCUAGCCGAUCAGGUGCUGAAGCAGCUAGAUACCUACGCGUUACAGUUCCCGGAGAUGAAGAAAAAGAUUGACAAGCGCGGCCGUAAGCUGGUCGAUUACGAUAGUCAGAGACAUUCGUUCCAGAGUCUCCAGGCUAAUGCAGCUAAACGCAAGGACGACUACAAGGUCACAAAAGGACGCGAGAUGCUGGAGGAAGCGAAGAGCACAUACGAGGUGUUGAAUUCCGAGCUGCACGAUGAGCUGCCGGCCCUGUUUGAUUCGAGAAUACUUUUCCUGGUGACGAACUUGCAAACAUUGUUCGCCUGUGAGCAGCAGUUCCACGGUGAGACGUCUAAGGUGUACGCCGAUCUGGAGGCGAUCGUAGACAAGCUGGCCACCGAGUCUCAACGUGGCUCCUACACGCUGAAGAAGAUGAAUGCGAACUCAAAUCCGUCUAGCCCCCAACAAUCACCAGUAAAGGCAAAUCUAUCGAUUGUCAACAAUGUCACUAAUGGUUCGGCCAAUGCUAAUGGACAUACGUCAGCGCAAAGUGCGUCCCCGACGCCGAGAACACCGACGCCCCAGCAGCAACAACGGCUGGACCAGCCGGUGGACAGCGAGCCGUCCUAUCAGAACACGGAGAUGGUGAAGGCUGCGGCCGCGGCUACGAUCGCCAGUCUCCCGACCACAAACGGUACGGUUCCACCGGCCAACGGAAAGCACGAACCCCCCAAGGGUGAGGACGCGAAGGACACCACGCCGAAGGAAAACGGUCAGCCGGCGUCGGUGGCGGAAAACUCGGCCAGCAGUCCCGACCAUCCGGUCACCACAAACGGUACGCUUCAUCCUCAUCCGCAGUCGCCCACUAAUCAGCUUCAUCAGCCCGAGCAAACGUCUCUGCCCGUCGAUGGUGUUACCACGAGCAGUAGUGGCUCGCGGGGGCCCCAGGAAAAUGGAACGUCCGAGCAGCCGUCCUCGGCACCAACAUCGAAUGUGACCGCUGCCGCUGAUGAUGCUGCUAGUGCUAAUACAGAUGCUGCUGUUGCAACGCCCGCUACUACCGGCGCAGCUGUUUCGCAAACAAGUGCUACGACAACAGAUUUGCCAGCAGGUGUUUUGUACCGCGUGAAAGCUACGUACAAGUAUGUUCGGGAGGAUGUGGAUGAAUUGAGUUUCGAGGUUGGAGACGUCAUCAAUGUGGUCGAGUACGAGGAUCCCGAGGAUCAGGAGGAAGGAUGGCUGAUGGGUUUGAAGGAAGGCUCCACCGAGAAGGGCAUGUUCCCGGCCAACUUCACCCGACCACUGUAAAUUGAGCAAUCCGGGAUCCGCGUUGCGAUUUGUUAUUCUCGGUUGCAACCAAACCCCUUCCGAUCUGAACCACCGGACGUUAACGGGAGGAUUCAGCCGUAACCCGUAGCCAUCUUCCAGCCACCAACAGAACCGGAGCACGUAGAUUGACCAAAAAUUGUAUCAAGUCUUUGGUUUCGCAAUCCGACCGACCUCAUUUGGACCGGCAUUUGGACAUAAGCAGCCCCACUCACUCACUUUCCGGAGGUCUAAAUCGAAUUGCGUAGCAUAGCGUACAUAUGUUUCGUUGCCAAACAGUUGAAACAUUUGGUUGCCGGCGUUUGGCGGCAACGCAUAUCGCAGGAUCGAGUGAGCGAUAGUUUGCUGAGAAGCUUUUUUGCAAUUUUUCAACAAUUAUUUUCAUGUUACGGUAGUUCGUAUUUUGUCGCAAUAUUUUCGUUUUUUUUUCUGGUAAGAACAGCGCAUCAACCGCAAUGGCUCGAUAGAGUGGAUUAUCCAUGGGUAGAGCAAUCCCAUGGUAAGCAAAUAAAACAAAGCAAACCCUAAUCGUCACCUUUCCCCGCACUGGGAGGGGUUUUAUACUGCAUUAAUAUUAACAUUUACAACCCAGCAGCAUCCCGUUGGGAGCUGCCGCAAGUCUCUAAUACCAUACGCGCAAGUCAUCAUCUAAUUAACAUGAACGUGCAAACUGAAAAUCGUCGAUCGAUUGCAUUACAAUGCAAAAUUAAUGAAUAACGUGUGCCUUUUUAUUGAAAAGAAGGAAGGAAAUAAUUCAAAUAGCAAAAAAGGGGCAACUAACGAAUGUUUUUUUUAAAUAAGCUGUUAUCAUCUCGUUAUUUUAUGUUAUUAAAAGCAUUGUUUUCGUUGAUUCCCUCACCACCUAAGCAUCUAUUCACCAUGCUCCUUUUUCCAUAGUACAUCGACUAACAUAGAUAUUUUUAGUUUGCUGCCCAGAUUUACUUCACGAGAAUCAAAUUUACCAGCUACGAAUACAAUCGACAGGUCUUGCUACUGAGCAAGAUGUACACCGUUUUUGUUUCGAGUAUUUAUGAUAGAGAAGUGUAGAAGGUAGCAAGGUUUCUCUACGAUCACUACUGGCGACUAGAAGUAAGCAAUAAAACCUUAUUAAAGGAAAGAAAUAAAUAGUUUCAUUUAUAAACAUUCUA